UUGAGCUAGUUGGAUAUUAAAAUAUUUAUUUAUUUACUGUAGAAAUCGUUAGUAUUAUUUUGAAAUCUUUACACUAAUAAAAUAGAUAAUAAAUUACUAUAUACCCACUUUAAACUGACAAGGACAUUUAUUGAACUAAUAAUUUAGUAACUAUUGUAUAAUUUUUUUUGAGUAAGAUCUUGGCAUUAUCAAAUAUUUUAAAGUAUUUCACUAACUCUCAUUGAUCGGAAUCACCAUAGUCCAGAUAUAUAAUUAUAAAUACCCCCUAAACCUUUCCACUAAUUGACCAUAUCUUUCUCUCUCUCAACACAAGAAAGAAGCUAUGCCUGAUUUAUCACAGCCUAAGAAGCUCCACAUCUUGAUGUACCCAUGGGUAGCCAUUGGCCACAUCACACCCUUCCUCCAGCUAGCCAACUCCCUCGCCGCCCGCGGCCACUCCACCUCCUUCCUCCUCCCUCCAAAGCCCCUCCUCCGCCUCAGCCACCUCAACCUCCACCCCGACCUCAUCCACUUCCACCCAAUCACAAUCCCCCACGUCCCCGGCCUCCCCGUUGAUGCUCAGACCGCCUCCGACAUUGACAUCACUGACAAAAACCCCCUUGCCGUCGCCUUUGACGCCACUGCCCCUCAAGUCCACUCCCUCCUCCUCUCCCUCAAACCCGACCUCGUCUUCUACGACUUCGCCGAUUGGAUCCCCGCCCUCGCCGCCUCUGUCGCCGCCAAAACCGUCUGCCACAACGUCAUCUGUGCGUCCUGCAUGGCCAUCGGCGUCGUCCCGGCACGACCCAUCCCGACCGACCGCCCAAUGACGGUGGAGGAACUGGAGACUCCUCCCGCAGGGUACCCGUCCUCCACCGUCGUCCUCCGUGGCCAGGAGGCGUUGUCGUUGUCCUUCAUCGCGAUGGACUACGGCGCCUCCCGGUUCGAUGCCAGGGUCGCAGCCACGCUACGCGGCUGCGACGCCAUUGGCAUCCGCACAUGCCGCGAGCUAGAGGGCGACAUGUGCGACUACUUGUCCGACCAGUACAAAAAACCGGUUCUCCUGACCGGUCCGGUUCUUCCUCCAGCUUCGGCCCAUGGGCCAAAGCUGGAGGAGAAAUGGGACACAUGGCUUUCAAAUUUCCCGCCAAAAUCGGUGCUAUACUGCGCCUUUGGGAGUCAGAUGAUAUUAAGGAAGGAGCAGUUUCAGGAGAUGGUAUUAGGGUUUGAGAUGACCGGGCGGCCGUUCCUCGUGGCAGUGUCAAAGCCGCAUGGGGCGGAGACGGUGGAGGAGGCGCUACCGGAGGGGUUUAUGGAGAGGGUGGAGGGGAGGGGGGUGGUGCACGGGGGAUGGGUGCAGCAGGCGGAGAUACUGAGGCACCCGGCGGUCGGGUGCUUCGUGAGCCACUGCGGGUUCGGGUCGAUGUGGGAGGCGCUGCUGAGCGACUGCCAGAUCGUGCUCGUGCCGCGGCUGGCAGAUCAGAUAUUGAACACGCGCCUCCUCGCCGCGGAGCUGCGGGUGGCGGUGGAGGUGGCGCGUGGGGAUAUGGGGUGGUUCGCGAAGGAGGAUCUGUGCGCGGCGGUCGGGGCGGUGAUGGAUGAGGGAAGCGAGACGGCGGAGGUGGUGAGGCGGAAUCAUGCGAAGUGGAGGAAGACUUUUGGUGAGGAAGGGUUUAUGGAGAAUUACAUUGAUGGUUUUAUCCAACAGUUGUAUCAACUUUAG